AUGUACGUCCUCUACGUCGCUGCCAGAACCUUUGAAUUCACACUCACGCAUGAUCAUCAACAGCUCAAAGCAGGACUCGGAUUCAAACGCGUUCAACGCCAGUCCGCUCUUACUGUCUACUACGCCUCUAGGUUGAGACUAAACAUGCCUCCCGGGGAUCCUCAAGUCGUCCCUCGAGGUGGACGUUUUAUAGGCUCGUCUGCCGGUGCGUUCAUCGACCAGUUAGGCGCAGAUAUCUACCUCCAAAACAUCUGGACCUCCCAAGGACGUGUCCGAAGAGUCGGAGUAGCCUGUGUUGGCUGGGGCCUAUCGGUGGGCAUGAUACAGGAGGCGGACUCCCUUCAAGCUGGCAGACCGGGGCCCUGGCAAACCAAUAAUUACUUGCGCCACCUCCUGCAUGUGGAUGAUCCCGGUCAACAGGCUGUGGGCGUCCCUGAUGAACCGGCAGUCCUCCCGAACGCGACGCCUCCCGGUCUGGGUUUCUUCAUUGUCAACGGCCAUGUUGUGCGGGGUCCCAAGCUACCGUGGCACCAUCGCCUCACCCUCCGCGUGCGACAGCGCAACGGAACCCCAAUUCAACUGCAUUACCACAAGCACGCGCCCCGGAAGGAUCACGGACCUGAACCGCCCAAGAUACUUCCAAAGGACAAGGGGAAGCACUACAUCUUCGACGAGGUGAUCUUCAGUACCCAGAUCCAGAAUUGCCGGCGCGCGAAGCCCGAGGACCCGCCGCAGGGGAACUAG